UGCCGUGUUGGCCUUUUGAAAAGAGCACUCGAAGCCAUCCAGAAUGCUCACUCCCUCCAGCACAAACCGGUCAAUAGAAUGACUGGGCACAGUUGCACUGAGACUGAAAGUAGGGAGCAAUCGCCCCAAAGCGGAAACGCCGAGUACACCGAAGACUUGGGCAUCUGUCUGGAUGAACCAAGUUGGAAUCUUGGUGCCUACCUCUUUGGAUUAGCACGUUCUGGUUUCGCUUUGACCGAACUCUGCUCGGCCAUUAGUGCCGGUCUGGUGACAGCUUCUGGCCUCGUUUGGCAGGCGAAUGAUUUAAAGGAUAAAAACAAUGAAAAUCGUUUCCUUUGGUCGAAUUCGUCUCGGCUCCGCUCUGUUUGGCUGACAGCCUGUCGUCCUCUCCGCAAUACCGCCUGCAGUCUGGCUGUUGUUGGUCAGCUAAUCGCCACAGGGUUGGUAAAUAUCUCGCCUCGACACCUGUGCACUCUUCCUUCAGAUAAAGCCCGUCUUGUAGUUGCGACCCCUCCAGGAAUGCAGAAAUGCAACUCAAAUCCAGAGCCUUACAACGAACCCAGGCUUCUGACCCGGUUUCGUUCCAAUCUUUGGUCAUCCUGUGGCCUUGAAGAACAGACUGAUAAAACAGUUUUAAAUUCAGUGCAGCUUCCGACCGAUGCAUCUUCAUCAUCAUUGCAUCCUCAUCAUCUGGAACUGUCUGAAAACUCUCGAAAACUAUGUUGUAACACCCGUCUGUCUAUAUCCUGGCAAGAGACGAUGCUCGAUGGCAAUCAGCACUUAGAAUCAGCAGAUACUAGCCGAUCUCAACCUUCUGCUGGUGCCCCGUUUCCUGUACUUUUGGUCCCUUGCGACAUCAGCCUUCCUCUACACCGCGUUCUAAUGCAGGUCGUCAGCCGACUUGAUCAGCUUUCUUGCCACCUCAUGCCCAGGCCACCCUGGUCGGACAUAUUCGCUCGUCACCUGGCCGUAUCUCUCCUUAACGAGUACUCCCGUCUAGUCGACAGGUUAAAAUAUGACACUUCCUUAUCUCAGCACGGUAAAUCAGCCCAUAGCACCGAUUUAUUUUCAUCCUGCUCAGACUCAGAAAGUGGGACUCUUAUGCCGCUGCCAACAACCAUUCUCCUACAGCUCAUCUUUGAUGUCCGUUUUAUUUUGCGCCUCUUUAUAAGGCCUUUGCACAGUGACAUUGCUAAUUCAAAGCUUGUUGACAAGCCUGUUGAUUCUCUAUCGAAGACUUUCAUCCAGCAGUCUGAAGAAUCAAUGCAAGAGAAUGGUUGCAAUCAGGCUUCGCCUAGCAGUUCUUACGUCCUGACCUCGGAUACCGAGCUACUUGAAGACCUUGGGCUCGACUGGGAUCUUCUCUCUCAGACUCAACAACAACUUGGCCAAGCCAUCCUUCCACAUCUCGAGGCCUUGCUCGAUCCCAUCGAUCUUGCUUGCGCCACCCGUCCUCUGGCCAACUGCUUGGAACGAUGCAUAACACUGGUCGGUCGUGGUCCAUAUGCAUCUCUGGUUGGCCGUCCUGUCAACCUAACAACGGCUUCUACCAUUGGCAAUACUUCAUUGGCUGAAUCUGGCCUUCGUGAGUACAGCGAUGAGACCGAGACAAUUCACCAGUUCAUAUCUGAGCCCAAAAACAGCAGUAGCCAUGGCGUCUGUACUGAAGGAGCAUCCCUUAAUUCUCAGUCUUCUGACAUGGCUCGGCCUGCCAGAUUCGCCUUAUUGCCGAUCUCAUUUGCGGCUUACUCUAGUCGAGCAGACUUUGACAAGUCAAUUUUGCAGAUCCGCACCGCCUAA